AUGGACGUGGAAGUGGAGCGGGAUCACCUGAGGCGCUACGAUAUGGCGGAGUUUUCAGUAAAGAAUAAGCUGCCGGAGCCUCAGGAGUCUAAAGACCUCGCCGACGUGGUAGCAGCGCUGGAAGUGCUGUCCUUGCUAGUGAACGAGAUGUGCACCCAGAGGGUAGCAGAUUUGGUCGACGCAGCCAGACGGUUCUUGCUGGUGCUGCGGAAAACGAAGACUAUGCAAGGAGCUGAAGCUGUACCAGAGAUAGUGGCUUGGAUCGACGACCGCUUUGAAACUUUCCGGUCCUUCGUGGCACAAGGCGACCUUGUGGCCGCAGAUAGUGUAGGCACUCACUUUCAGUUCAACCACGAGUCAUAUGUGCGAGUGGUUCAGCGCGUGACUAAUCUCAAGGUGGAAGCAGCUCUCAAGUUGUCCGCAGCUCAAAAGCCAACAUCUCGCCAGAAGAAGUCGAACACGCGGGCAACAGCUAACAGCGGUUCUCGCCACGGACGUGGAGCUCCUGUGCCUCAGGAAGUGGUGGCUGCGCUACCGAUUCGAAAAGGCAAAAAGCUGUGCAUGCAAUUUUUGUCAAGUGACGGCUGCCCUGGUGAAGGGGAUACGUGCGUUUUCGACUACCGAGGACACUUCGUGCCAGUUAAGUUGCCGGUGAUUGUGAAAAACUUCAUCAUUAAGAAUUAUGGAGGACUGCGGAACAUGGAGGCACAAUCUACAGGUAGUCAAGCGGAGUUGCAGGCAGGUCGGUUGGCCCCAUGUGACUCCAGUUCACGCUCGGGGCGUUGUUUUGCCGCUGCAUCAGAAUUGCAGAGUUGCAAGUCGGUUCGGAGGUCGCGUGCGUCUCUGAUUCACGGCAAAGGCAAACAGGAGCGUGUGAACGUAUCGCAGCCUGCCUUAUCUGGUCGACUGCGAAAUUUUUUGACAGAUCAACAGCAUCGCUACACGCUGACACUUCGAGCAAGUGAAAAACUUUUGAGCCUUCAACACCUUAGUGCAUGUAAUGGCCUAGCCUCGGUCAUGAAGCAGUAUGGUGUGGAUCCACCUGGGGCCUCACCAACUUGGAUUCUAAAGAACGCCACGCGAAGAUCUGUGAUUGACCGGGACAAACAGUGUGCGUACAGCGAGCUACUUAGAAGGUCGAAAAUGAGCCUGCCAGACUUUAUUCGACUGGUUCGUGGAGAAACUUCCGAAGAUCCUCGGCCAAAUAAGGCUCUGGGAGUCCCUGAUCAUCUACCCUGCUGGAGAUCUUACAAGUACAGAGAUGAAUGGCGCCAAAUUGUGACACACGGUAUCAGACCUACGUGGUCUUCGGCGUUUACAAGCCAACAGCAGCCCCCGAAGAACCAUGGAUCCGCGUUACGAGCCCUCAAUGCUGUUAUCAAAAGCUUAAGAAAAGGCCAAGACGAAGAUCGAUACUUAAUUCUUGAUAUCGAGCUGCUGUCUUCUUUUGAUGGCGUCACAUGUAGUCCGUUUGGGGCGGUGCAGAAAGGGGAAGCAGACAUCACAGAUGAUGCGAGGGUGAUCCACGAUCUUUCGUGUUCAAAAGGGGCAGCUCGCAUGUCUACUGGAGAUGUUGCAGGCGCAUUUCGCAAUAUUCCUGUAGCAGCAGAAGCUGCGGGGCGCUUCUCCGGUACUAUUCCCGAGCUCGGUAUUCUUGUGGUCGAUUUGGCUUGUCCUUUUGGUUGGACUGAUUCUCCAAGACAGUAUUGGGCAGCAGGGGGAGCGAUCGUGCAUCUUCAUAAGAAUACCGCUCCGACGUGGUCAGGUCAACCUUCAAUGGGCUCCGAUAAGUACGAUGGCAAGGCGUGGUGCGACGAUCACAUUUGUAUUGAGCCAAAUAUCGGUUCUCGAUUGAUGGAGGCAAGUAUUUCUCUUAGAUCGGCGAUGGUAACGAUUUUGGGUCCGAACGCGUGCAACGAAGAGAAGUUUACGCCGUGGUUUACAGAAGGAAAAGCUCUUGGACUUCACUGGAACCUUAAUUUGAUGACACUCUCAAUGCCCGAGGACAAAAUCACAAAAGCUCUUCAAAGGCUAAGCGAUCUUCAAGCUGCCCAAACGGCCUCAAAAACGCAACUAAACAAGUUACUGGGAAGUCUAAGGCACGUGGCCACGUGUGUGCGUUCGGCCGCACCAUUUUUCCAGCGGAUCGCGUCAUUUGCUCGAACAACUACUCGGUAUCGCCCUUCUUUGGUGUCUGACGACGUGCGCGACGAUCUAAGAUGGUUUACUGCAAUCCUUCGUGUGGGAAGGCUCAAUUCGGUACAGCUGUCUCGCUUCGUUAACGCAAAAGACCCGGAUCAUCAUAUUCAUAUGGACGCUAGCGAUCGAGGUCUGUGUGCGCUCUGGCCUGCUCGAAAGGAAUAUCUGCAGUUGGAGUUUGACGCAGAUGAACUACAGCAAAUCGCAGACUUUAAUGGUUUGACAUCAGACGAGUUCAGCAUAAACAUUCGCGAGCUCAUGAGUGCCGUGUUCGCAGCAAUUGUCUGGGCCUCUCAGUGGUCACAAUCGGGUCAAGUUGAACAGGCUCAUACGCGAUUCUGGAUCGAUAAUACUUCAGCGGUGGCGUGGGCAAAUCGAAGAUCCUCUCGGAAUCUAUUCGCCCAAAUGCUACUAAGGCUCAUUGGUUUUCUCGAAGUGCGCUACAAUUUUUACUCGUCUGCCGCUCAUAUUCCCGGAGCCGAGAAUGUCAUGGCAGAUGUUGGGAGUAGAGAUACCACCGAACUCAAGAAAACUCUUCACACUUUGAGUGCGCUGCUCCGAGCUGGAGCUUUAGCCGACACUUCUCGCGUGCAAUACCGCCGUUCUUGGGAUCAGUGGCUUCGGUGGUACAGCUUCAUGGACUAUACCCCGUGGCUCGGACGGGACACUGUGGACGCGAACGCGGCUCAACUCGGUGCCUUUGCAGUGUAUUUAUGGCGGUACGGAAUGAAUCGUGCAGGAGUGGGGAAUACGUGCACGGCAAUUUGCAGCAAGCUCUGUGCGGUGCGUUGGUUUCACAAGAACACCGCCGGUUACGACUCAGGUGCCAACGCAGGGCACGCGAUUUUGCUGCGUGGUAUCCGAAGACUUACAGAUUCGGUCGUCAAGCAGCAGUCAGUCACCCCCUCGCUUCUCCGAAAAGUUUUUCUUCUAGUCGAUGUUCAACAUGCUCGGGGGCAACUUCUUUGGGGUGGGCUGCUACUCGCAUUUUUCUUUCUUCUACGCAGAUCUGAGUAUCUGUUUAUUGGCCGAAAGCACCACCGGUACGCGCUUCGACUCGGAGAUAUUGUAUUUCGGAACGAGGCCGGACACACAGGGGCACGUGCAUUCGCCACACAGCCCGACCAACCGGCGCUGUCAACAGGGUUCGGCUCGGGAAUUGCUGCGGAAGAGGUGGCAGACACUCUCAAGCAAGCUGCAAGUGCGAUGGGUUUGGAUGCUAGGCUGUAUUCUACCCACUCAAUCCGUAUUGGAGGUGCUACGGAGCUGAUGAACUCUGGGGCGGAUCGACUGGUGAUCAAGUUGAUGGGCAGAUGGUUGUCCAAUGCUUUUGAAGGAUAUCCAACACUCUCGGCGAAAGGAUCCAGAGGUCUCGCUCGGUUAAUGUGCAGAUCGACCUCGAGCUAA